GGAGUUGCGUCCCCUCCCCUCUUCUGCAAAACGGUUUGAGCUUCUUUCCUUUGGGAAUGCUUCUGAGUGGGAAGUGCCUGCUCUCCCCUGUUGGUUGCCAGAUUCUUCCAUCCUAUUGGCUGAUAAAGAAUGGCUGCGACAGGGACAAAUCAGAAGCCGGUGACCUUUGAGGAUGUGGCUGUCUAUUUCACGAAAGCAGAGUGGGCUUUGCUGGACCCAGAUCAAAGAGCCAUCUACAGGGAUGUCAUGCUGAAGAGCUAUGAGAACGUGGUUUCUGUGGCAUUUUCUCCUUCAAAACCAGACUUGAUCGCCUUCCUGGAGCGAGGAGAAGUGCUGUGGGCACCAGAUCAGCAAGGAUAUAGAGAAAUGGCGAUCCCACCAGGUGCUAGCUCAGCAGGAUAUGAGCAAAUGAGUGAGAAUGAAAUGAAACCUCUUCAGCCAGGAAGUUCUACCCUUGAGAAGCAAGAAGAGACAUGGUUGCAGAGAGCUGAAGAGAGCCUUUCCAAUUAUUGGGGAAAUGGUGAGAGCUCUGGGAGUUGGCAUGGAACAGAAAGACAGCAGAGAAGGCAUCCUGAGAAGCAAGAGGCUAAAGUCAUUCCUGAUGGGAAAAGCACAGUCCAAGAACAAAUGCAUGAGAAUAGGAAACCAAAGAGAAACUCUACUCCUAAAGCCUCUAACAGAGCUAAUGCAGUAGCAAAAUCAGAAAAAUGCUCAGUCUGUAGCAAAACAUUCUGUAAUAACACUUACCUUGCUAUACAUGAGAGGUCCCACACAGGAGAGAAGCCGUAUACAUGCUCAGACUGUGGGAGGAGAUUCAGUUCACCAUCAAACCUUCUUUCACAUGUGAGAAUCCACACAGGAGAGAGACCUUAUAAAUGCUUGGAUUGUGGGAAAAGUUUCUUACGGAACCGAGACCUUCAAUCACAUAGAAGCAUCCACACUGGUGAGAAACCACAUGCAUGUUCCUACUGCGGAAAGAAGUUCAGGAGCAAAACACACGUUGUUAGACAUGAAAAAAUCCACAAAGAAGAGAAGCCGUUUAAAUGCGCAGAGUGUGGGAAAGGAUUCAGACUGAAAGAGCAUCUUAAUGUUCACAAGAGAACGCAUACAGGAGAGAAACCUUAUGAAUGCUUGGACUGUGGAAGGAGCUUCAGUUGUGCAGCAAACUUUCACAGGCACAAAAAAACUCAUGGAGGAGAAAAACUGCAUAAAUGUUCAGAUUGUGGGAAAAGCUUCAGAAAUAAUUCAGACCUUAAAUCACACAGAAGAAUCCACACUGGUGAAAAACCUUAUAAGUGCUCAUUCUGUAAGAAAGAUUUUCGUUGCAGCUCAAGCCUUAUAACACAUAAGAGAACCCACAGGGGAGAAAAACCAUAUCAAUGCUCAGAAUGUGGCAAAUGUUUAAGCCAGAAAUGGUGCCUUAUGAAUCAUUUGAGAAUGCAUAACUAUAAAUGUUCAGACUGCGGGAAAAGCUUCAGCCAAAGCUCAGCCCUUCAACUACAUACAAGAAAGCAUACAGGUGAAAAACCAUUCAGAUGCUUGUGCUGUGGGAAAAGCUUUGAUCGUAGGUCGUUACUGAUUAUUCAUGAGAGAAUUCACACAGGAGAGAGACCUUAUGUUUGCUCAGAGUGUGGGAAAAGUUUUAUACAAAAAUCUAAACUUGUUCGGCAUGAGCGAACACACACAGGAGAGAAACCAUAUGUAUGCCCCCACUGUGAGAAGAACUUCAGCGAAAGAGCAAACCUUGUUCAACAUGUGAGAAUCCACACAGGUGAGAAGCCCUACAAGUGCUCCCACUGUGGAAAAUGCUUCAGCCAAAGAUCACACUUUAUUGAGCAUGAGAGAUCCCAUCCAGGAGAUACAUCCUAUGACUGUCCAGAAUGUGGGAAAAGCUUCAGUCAUAUUUCACGCCUUCUUAAACAUGAGAAAAUCCACACAGGAGAUAGCCCAUAUAAAUGCUUGGAAUGUGGGAAAAGCUUUAGUGGUAAUGCACAUCUCAAAUCACAUAAAAGAAUCCACUCUGAAGAAAAGCCAUACCAGUGCUCAGAUUGUGGAAAAAGUUUCAGGCAUAACUCAACCCUUACGGUACAUAAAAGAACUCAUACAGGAGAGAAACCAUUUCAGUGUUUGGCCUGUGGGAAAAGCUUUAACAAUAGCUCAGGCCUUACAGCGCACAGAAAAAGUCACUUGAGAAAGAAACCAUUUCAGUGUUCAAAUUGUGGAAGGAGCUUCAUGCAGAGAUCUGGCCUUGUUAAACAUAAGAGAAUUCACAGAAAGGGAAAACCAUUCAGAUGCUCUAAAUGUGGGAGCGCCUUUGUUCAGAAAGCACAGCUAAUUGCGCAUUGCAAAACUCAUACAAGACGUGGGAAACACUGGAAGAAGUCCAGCUGAAAGAGGAACUUAGUUGUAGAGAUAAUAGAUUAUUGGAGGCCUAAAAAAUCUACAAACGAAGGGAGAAAGUUUUAUAGGUAGAAACCAAAAAAGGGACAGAAUUGUUAACAUAGUAGGCAUUUUGCUUGCUGUUUUUGCCACAACAGAAGAUACCUGUUUAGAGGUCCCUCCUAUCCUUCCCAACUUUUGGAGAAGCAAGGUCUCUCUAGAGAGGGUGGGGGUAGCACAGAUUUGCCAGUCCUUUGGAGCCUUAUGGGUUUUUAGGGGGAAAUGUGCAAGGUGAUCUUAUUUCAGAGACCCAGUGGCAAACGAGAUAUGACUUUAAUUGUAUGAAUACAAUUAACAUGCAUGUUUUAAAAAUGGAAAUAGCCUGCAGGGGUGAUCUUGAGCAGCAGCGACUGGGGUUGGGGGGAGAAGUAACCCCUUUCCUUCUGCUGUGGUUCCAAUGAAUGUCCCUCCUACAAGUUGCUAUUUGUGUCAGGAGACAAGAUCAGGAGGGAGAAAAGCUGCUACUCGGGCCCCAUUGCCAUUUACAUUUUUAUACAUGCACUUUGUGCAUGUGUGCAAUUAACAUCACAUCUAAUUUGGCCCUUAGCUGCAGCGUCAGUUCUUCAUUUGUUAGCGCAGGGGUGGUGAUCCUCAGGCAUUAGAGCCAAAUGUGGUCCUUCAGGCCUCUCUGUGUGGCCCUCGGGACUGCCCAGACCACACCCCUUCCUCAAGCCACACCCCUCUGUGGCCCUGCUCUUCUCUUUACCCCCAGUGAUUUUUACCUGGCUGUGUCUAUGAACUGUGUCCAUGAACUUGUUUGCCUGGAUGGAGGAUGGAGAAUGGUAUCUCUGGCCACACCCACUUUUGCUACACCCACCACUGGCAUGUGGCCCCCAGAAGGUUGCCCACUAAGGAAUAAGGCCUUCGGGCUGAAAAAGGUUUCUCACCCCUGUAUUGGUGCACAAACCAUAGGCUGUGGUGCAAGUCACCAUUCAGUAACAUACAUUCUGUAGGAUGAAAUUUUCCACAUGAUGCUUUUCAUUGUACUUCAAGUCACCAGCUCAUAAAAUGCAAGGAAGCAGCCUGAGAGAUACAACUAAAAUGGAGCGAUUUAAUAGUGGUUAAAUAAGCAAAGUGAAGCUCUCAAAAGGAUUGAAUAUCUGCAACCUAUGAGCUGCAAUUUUGGUCAUCUGAAUCCAGUAGCAUCUUUGGCAGUGGCAGGGCGGUGGCCCUUACUUGACCUGCUGCAGCUUACCAGGGUGUGUGUGUAGGGGGUGGGGAAGGGUGGCACUAUUACUAAACAGUCAUGGCUUUACCCAAAGAAAUACAGGCAUGAUAGCUUGUUAAGGUGCUGACAGUUGUUAGGGAUUGACUGAGAAUAGCGGUCUCCUCUUUCCAGGGCCUCUGUGAGGAAAAUGGGUCUCCUAGCACCCUUGAUAAACUACAGUUCCCAGGAUUCUUUGGGAGAAAGCCAUGACUGUUAAAGUGGUAUAAGUGCUUUAAAUGUAUGGUACAGAUGGGGCCUAACUCAAAGGUGCUAGUGGGAUUAGACAUAAACUGUCACCUACCUAAGCUUCUUUAGUCUUAAUUUGUUUUGUGCCAGUGAGUUUUUGGAAACUUUACCAAAGUUGUAUAGCUUUAUAGAAUUGGGGUUUUGUUGCAUUUACUAUAAGCAUGUGUGGGCUGUUAUAUAGCUAUUGUUUCUUGGGGCGGAAAGCUUUUAGAGUUUUCUGGGCGGUAGAAAAUGUAAGAGAUAAAUGGAAAAUGAAGAUGCUGCUUCUGCUGCUGGAGAGAUAAGUUACUGGUCAUCUCCACACCAUAAAUUUAAAUCACAUGGCUUCCCCCCCCAAGAAUCCUGGGAAGUUAGUUUACCCCUCACAGAGCUACAAUUCCCAGCACCUUUAACAAACCACGGUUCCCAGGAUUCUUUGGGGGAAGCAAUUGCAGCAUUAUUUAUUUAUUUAGUAUUAAAUUUAUUACCUGCCCUUCAUAGAGAUGUGAAGGCCGGGGGGGGGGCACAAAAAUUGGUGAGGGGGAGUUUUUCCUGUUUUUUCCAAUUAUUUUUUGGGGGGGGAACAAUUUUGGAAAAACACAGGGUCCCCCCCCCCCCCGUUUUUUUCUUGGCCUUCACAUCUCUAGACCUUUACCAGCAGGUCCCAGGGUAGAUUACAACAGUUUAAAGUUCAGUAUUAAGAAAUACUUAAAACUUGAGAUGUGCGGUGUGGUUGUGACCACUAUUAAAACCCAACAGCAGGGAGUUUCUUCAGCAGUGAAGAUGCUGUAGCAAUAAAAAAUAUAUGCGGGCAUUACUUGCUUGUAGUUCCUCUCUUGGUUUUUCUUGGAUCCUCACCUGGGAAUUUGGUGUGUGUGUAUAUGUUAACUUUCAGUUCUUUUACAGUGUGCAGUGCUGGUUGACCUCCCCCCUCCAAAAGAGGUGGUGUGGCUCAGGCCUCUUCCUAAGCUCUGCUCAUCCCAUAAGCCUCUCCCAUUUCUCCCCCUCCCCUGCAGCUGCUCCCCUCCUUACCCAUCCAAAAUGUGCAUUCCACAUUUCCUCUAUGUAAAAAUACUUUGUAAAUAA